GUAUCAUCUAAUCUCAAUUAGACCAAAUUCAAAAUAUAUUGCUGAGAAAUAUUAAAUACAGUUCAUAAGUACUUCAAAAAUAUGUUUUCUCCUGACUUUUGAAUAAUAAAGUGAUUAAAUUAGGCGAGACAGUACAUCAUAUUGAAUGCCCCAUCUAUUUACAAAUAACUUAGUAGAGCCACUGCCGUUCUUAGAAAUUUAUUAGGCAUGAUUUGCAAUUCUUAACAUAAAGUUCCGUAGAACCAAGCUUAAACCGCCGAAUCUAAUUGGAUUGUAGACAAAACCAUAACGCAUUGGGUUACUUAUUUAAAUUCCAGAUGCGACUCGCUUCAAAAUGCAAGAAAAGUGAUAAAGAGCUGUAUAUCAGCUCGGCAAGUUAUUUCUACGCUAUAAAUACGUUUUUCGCAUUCAAAAAAGAGAACAAAAAACGAAAGUGAAAAUAUAAGAAUUUAUGAAUUUUUAAGUUAACUGUUAGAAAAUAAUGUGGAGCUUCUUAAAAUUUACUGACGAUAUACUUUUCAAUUUGCUAUGGUUUUUCCUGCAGGAUAUGCAUUAUUGUUUAAUUUGUAUGACAAAUGCAUUGAAUUGUUUACUUAAUAUUCAUUAGAAAGGUUUAAAACGAAUAAAUAGCAUUUGAGUAGCCUAGAUAAUAGAAGCAUAUUUCAUACGCCGUUCUUUGAACAACAAAUCUAUAACAAUAUUAAAUCUUAAAUUAUAUCGUGGAAACUGCGGGCUGUCUGAUAAAGUUGAUAACUGCUUACUCUGUUGCAAAAGAAUCUUUGUUUAUUGUUCGACCUGAUCUUCUGUUACUACCUUUUGGAAAAAUUUUCAUAUUAAGCGAUCAAUGUAGUGCCCUAAUAGUUUAAAGUACCAAUAGAAUUGCUGACGGAUUUGUAGCAAAAGGUUUAACUUUUUCUGUCCAAUGACCAACAUGAUCGGAAUAUUUAUUAUACUAUAUUUAGCUUCGUUGAAGAUCUGAGCCCAUUAAUCACGGAGUUGCAAUUGAGUAAUUAAUUGUUGUUGUAGCGAGUGCCAAACCCCUGUUUGGAGGAAAGUCAAGUCAAUCUACCUAACUGCGUUCAGCAACCAUAUUUUGGCUGCGUAACUAAUGAACGACAACAACGUUUCUUUCUCCUUACCCCAGUUGGAAAGCGAACCAAGGAUCUUGUUGCGGCUCUGUACUUUGGUAAUUAUAGCGGUCGUAUGCGGAGUGAAGGUGUACAAAAUAUUAACCGCAACUCCCAAGAUUUAGAGAUAGUUCGCUGUCGUGAUUUUAACGUCAUCGACAAAAAUGUUCAGAUCUAGUCUGCAUUCUUUCGCCCAGUUGGUGAAUAGGAUGGCUUUGGAUUUAGUAGGCGAGAGUUUUAAACUCCUUGCGGUGAAGAAGCGUUCACUUCUAACCCUGUUUGAAUCAAAGAAUGCGAUCGUCAGAAUGCAAACUGCAUGGGAACAUUUAAGAGCCAUCUGGACGAAGUUAAAUUUUAUAGCCAAAUUAAAUGUUUAAAAGGACUAAAAACAUAAUUUUUAGUGGCAUCCAGAUCCAUUAAUAAUUGUUAUAUAAAUUCUUCAAAAUUUUGUUUAUAUUAAAUUUUUUAAAGUAAAAGAAACUAACAACCAUACGUUUUGUAUUUGACACUUCUAUCUUUGACGUAAUCGUCUGUUUGUUUACUUUACAGGAGUAACAUCCCUGUCAGUGCUCUGUGGUGUACGUGCUUUGUAAUAAUUACAUGAAUAUUUAAUUGCUAUAGUAAAUAAUAUUUGGUUAUAUACAAGUAUGUAGGUUUGCAAAUGUAUGUACAUACAUAUGUAUAUAAAUUAUUAAGCUGAUAAGCCAAAAUCAAUGCGUGAUCAACAUGUCCAACAACACCCAUAUUAUCAAAUUUACAAACACCAGAGGAGCUGACGAGUGCGAAAUACAAAUUAGUGUAAGCAAGUAAUAAAAAAAUAAAAAUUGUAAAAUUCAAGCAAACGCGUGUUAGAUUCUAGGUCAGACAAAAUAUAAAAUAAUCAAACAACAAUAAAUGUAACAAUUGUAUGAAAAUUGCGCCGCUAAAAUUUCAGUGCGUUUGUUAUGUUUAAUUUUAUUGAAGCGGCAAACGUGCCGUGUAAAACGUCGUCCGAACAUAAAACCUUUCCGAAAAUAUUUUUUUUUUCAAUAUAUUUACUUAUUCUUUACAAAUGACUUAAGUAUUAUGUGAGGAAUGAUUAAGAAAAAUAAAAAGCAACAAGUGAAUUGUUGUUAUACCGGCUACAAGCGUUUGGGAGCAGCAGAACAAAGCAAUGUAGAAAUACAAAAAGCAACAAAAAAGCAAGUUGUUGUUAUACCGGCUCCAACUGUCCGGAAGCAGCAUUACAUUAUAGGCACAAACUGCCCUCAAUAAUAGCAGAAGCAGAGUUCAGAAAAAAAACGGGAAUGAAAACAAAACAAGUAGCAAGCAAAUAAAAGCAUAUAGCAAAUAUAAUAAUGAAAACAGAAACAAAGAUAUGCAACGGAAAGUACAUACAUACAUAUGUAUGCAUCAACAAAACAAGCGGAACGUGCUUUCAUAUCAGUAACUGUGCUUACACAUCCAUUUAGCUGAGUGAUAGACAAUUGUUUACCACAAAACAUAAGUCGGAAAGCUAACUCCGAAAAAACGAAUAUAAUUAUUUUUUUUUAUAGUUCAUACCUUUCGAAUUUGUAAGCAUGCGAUUCGUGGGCCAUUGAGCUGUAAGCAGACGGGCUACGUGCUUGGUUUGGAGGUCAACUAGUGGCGAAAAUAUGGUAUGUUUUGAUAUGCAGAUGAGAUUAUAAGAGCUAAAUAAAAAAAAUUUUAAUUAAACUAACAUAUGUGGAUUGUGAUCAUGUAUACUUCUAUGAUCUAAACAUCGCGCACAUGCACAAAACAUGGAUGCACAUACCAUUAAAAAAGAGCUCUGGCAAUUCAUUCCCACAACAGCUGGUUCUACGUUACCGGAAUUGAACCGGAUUUUAUCCGACCAAGGGCUGUUAUUUCGGCGAUCUAAUCUCGUUUGGAUUGGUAAGUUUUAGUUUAUGAAGUUAAGUUGCUCCGCAUCCUUCUGAUACGAGCUGGCAUUGAGUCUAACCCGGGCCCUGAGGAAUUUUUCUGCUGCGUAUGCGCCAAGAGGCUUCAUUCAAACUCCACCUCUGUUAGGUGCAACACAUGUGAUGGAUGGAGCCACAGGGAGUGGAUCACGAGUUAUGUUUCCCCAUGCUACCAACGCACUAUUGCCUCAACGGUCGUGCAAAUUGCCCAUGUCCACGCACAGCGCCACCACUCCAUACGUCGGAACGUCAUAUCACUCAAGUGCAAUACUUGUACUAGCUGGUGUCACUGUGGUCCAAGAAACCAAGUUAAAAAGCCGCUCAAAUCUUCUGCGUAGUGCAGGUUUCAACAUUAUACGUAAGGAUCGCGAGCGAGAUAAUGAGGGAAGUCUAGCCUUCUUACUGCACAAUACUGUGCCAUAUCGUCUUAUUGACGACGACAUGGUCUGCAGCGAUACUGUCCUUGAAUGUCAGGGAAUUGCCAUCCAACCAGGGGAUGUCGAGCUAGAGAUGUUUAAUAUAUGUAUUCAUCCCCUCUGUUAUAUGUUGCCCAACAGCUUACAACCCGAAUAUAAGUGGUGAAAACUGUUUGGUAAGUGGCGACUUUAACGCGGACCACGAUCUUUGACACUCCUGCCUGUCAAACGAUUGUAGAGAGAUGGAGUUGGUGAAACAGAUAGACGAUUCGACAUUCGGCAUGUAAACCAACAUAAGCGGACAAAAUUGGUAGAGCGUUAGAAGUUUUGUAACAUCUCCACCGGUGUGAGUAAACUUUGGUCCACUGUCAAGGCAUUGUCAAAUCUGAAGAGGCAUGACGACGAGAUUGAAAUCGAAUUCGAUGGCAAUGCCUCCUUGGACCCGAAGAAGUGCGAGAGCUACUUAGCCGGCAAUUUAUAUUGCACCCUUUAACUGAUAAGACCAAACUAUGUGUUACUCGCGGCUGCGCAAAAUGCCAAAAGCCACUUUCUUUUACCGAUGAGAAGGUUCGGAGUAUCAUCAACAAGGCAAAAUCAUCCAAAUCCAUUGGCCCUGAUGGAAUCAACAUGCAGAUGCUAAAGCAUCUAGACUCGAAGGGAGUAAAUUUGUUAACCUAAGGACCUGUCGCUGACAGCACCCCCACAGCACUUAGCGUCAAAUAGUUCAUGACCUAACCCAGAAGCCACCCCGUGAGAAGACGAUCCUAGUAGCGCUAGACUUGUCAAAAGCUCUUGAUCAAGCACACAACGCUAGUUGAGGCUAUCGAACCAUCCACGCUCCCUCCAUGGUUUAAGCGGUCGACAAUCAUUCGUACUGUUUCGAGGUCAAAAAUCUGAACUAAGAAGGGUUACGCAAGUUGGUGUCCUCUCCCCUUUACUAUUUAAUUUCUACAUAGCAAAACUCUCCCAAUCACCAGAGAGAAUUACCAUCACCUCGUACUACCUGACUACGUUGACGACAUUGAACAAUACGCCGACCAGUCUUCGGACACAACAAUCUUCAGACAUGUACUGACCGCCAUUCACAGUGGAGCCAUCAACAACUUUACCGACUCCCUCUCAGUGAAUGGCAACUCAUUGCAGGCGAAGAGCUCGAGUUGCCACGAGAAUCUAGAGUGAUCCUUGCGCAAUUUCAUUCUGGGUACUGUAGCAAGUUAAACUCCUACAUAUACAGAAUCAACCCUAACGUUUCUAAUUUAUGUCCUGCAUUCAACGAUUCGCCGCAUGACUCUAAUCACCACUUUUCAUGCCGUAUGAGGUCAAGUCAUCUUACAUUUUUUUGCCUAUGCUACUGUACCCUUUCUCCCAUUCAAAGAGUAUCUGGUUAACCGUUAAAGUACCAACAAAAGCUCCAGGGAAAGGAAAAAAUUAAAAGAGAUCGUCGGUACUUCCCCCAAGUUGGCUAUUUUAUAUUCAAAUAUUUCAAAUAAAUUAAUGUUUUAUUAAAUGCGUACGUUUUAAGUUAAUUAUUAAUUACAUUUUCUCUUUCUGGCAACACUAACACUAUUGUUAUCACCUGCUAAAACAGCUGUUUAUUUGUUUAUGAAUCAAAAAGUUAUUUUGAAGUAAAUUUUCAUAUUGAAAUAUUUGUAUUUAGAAAUUUUCGUAUAUAACAUUUGUUGUUUUUUUUUUAAAUUGGUAGUUUGCUAAAAAAAUAUGUUUUAAAAAUGGAUUUUUCUCUGGAUGCAAGCACAGAUGAAGAUUUUUUCGGAUCGCUGAAACGGCAAAACACAAAUUUGGAAAACCUUUUUGGACUCGAAGCACAGCACAAAGUUGGUAAAGAAGAGCAAGAAUCGCUCAAGUACCAACCUGUAAAGCAGACAUCAGCUAAUUUGAAUGAGAAAAAAGUCAACUCAAGUCCUAGCACAAUGGUGCAAGCUUGGCAAACUAUUUUAGCAAAGGUAGCGCAAGCUUAUAAAGAAGACGUUAGUAUCGGAAAAGUAGGUGUGGCAUUAUUGAAAAGUGUUGAAAAUGAGUACAGAAUUAUCAUCUACAAGGCCAAGUUGAAUGUUCUUACCACAUGCUCGUUGCGAAAUGAAACGAUACAAAUUCAUCGCCACAAUAAUUAUUUACAGUUCUAUGAUAAUGAUUUAUGCUGCUGGAGUGUUUAUUUUGACGCCAGUGUUAACACCGAAGAAUUUGUAGCGAAAUUGAUUGAACUAAAUAUAAAAAUAGGCGAAGAAGUUAAUAAAGAAAGAAAGGAGUUUAUUUCAGAAAUGGAUACAGAAGUAUCUAAUAAAGAAGAUGUACUCACAAAUAACCAAAUAUUUUUAAAGAGCAUAGAAAAGCCGCCAAUUGCGCCUGCGAAGCCGACAAAGACAACGCUAAUAACACGCAUGGCCAAAAUGGGUCAGCAAUUACCGAAAAUGGAGCUUCCUUCACAUGUGCAAAGCAGUGCCGAAGUCACUGACUCGUCAGAUACGGAGACCAUAAGCACACCAAUAACAACGCCACGUCACAUACAGAAUUCAACACCACGUAGCAGUAACAGAGCGCUGUCUACGGCGCAAGCAUUACCAGUUGGCCAAAUCAAUCCUUAUGUUAUUUCCAAUACGAAUUCCAGUUUCGAAACACAGUUCAUGCAAAUGAUGCUGUCCGAAAAUCGUACGCAAGGCUCGGAGCUGCGUAUGAAUAUUAGCAGGUUGGAGGGUAAAGUUGAAAAGGUACUUGACAAAAUCGAUUUAAUGCAGGCUAGUUCCAGUCACAAACUUAAUAAAGAAGAUGAAAUAUUAACACUGGAGGAAAAAGUGUUGGAACUUAAGAAAGAGAACAGAAACCUACGACAAAUAAUUGAAGGGAAAAACCAAAGUGCGCCAAUUUGUCAACAAAUUUUGCGUACGUACAGUGCCGAAUUGGAGCAAGUAAACCUGGCUAAUGUCGAUAGUCUAGAAGAGCUGGUGGGUGAUCUACUCAAACAACGCGCUACGCUGAACGAACAAUUUGAAGAGCGGGAAAAAGAACUAACAGAGAAAAAUUUGCAAUUGAAAACGCAUCAAAUUCGCUUAAAUGAUGAUCAAGAUAUGUUAGCAAAUACAAUUGCGAGUAAACACCAACUCGAGGAGGAGCUCAAAAUCACGCAACAGCGACUGGUGGAGUGUGAAAAUAGUGAAAGCGAUUUGCGGCAACAACUGACCAAAAGCAAUAAUGAAAUCCUUGCACAACAACAGUUGGUCGAGGAGUGUAAGCAAAGGGAAACAGUUGCCAACAACACGCUGCUUGAAUUGCAAACGCAAAAUGCAGAUUUGCAAAAGAAAUUAGAAGAAAAAGAAAAAUUGGAGUUGGAGAGUCAGCGCCUCAAUAUCGCUUUACGCCAUGACAAUGAACUAAGUGUUGAACAACAAAUCGAAACAGUAUUAAAAAAGACAAUGAACAAUUUAUAUGCGAGCUUAGCGGCAAAACUAGAGACUAUUGUGCCAAUGCAAAAGCAUGCGGUUAUAGCGGUAGUUGGCAAAACUAUACGCGAGGAAACGCUCAGAGCAAUGGACGAGUUGGAAGAAUAGCUUUUGUUAACUUAUAUUUUGUGUGUUCAACAGAUUUGUAAAUUAAUUGUGAAUGGUAUGAAUUAAUAAAGUAUAAACAUAUAUUAUAUGAA